GGCAUACGAGAACGAGUGAGAGAGAGAGAAUAGUUCACAGUUUCCCGAAGAAACCAGGUUGAUUACGCGGCAACACAAUUCGGAAAUGGAAGAAAUGAUUGCGAAAUUAAACUUUCUGUAAGCAGAAAUCACAACAGUGACACAAAGGAAGCUGAUGAAAUUCAAUCUACCGAACACAUAGUGGUUGUUUCGUGAAGUGGUGAAGAAUGUAUCAAGAAACGAGCUCGAAGUAUAGUAAUCUUAAGAAAAGAGCAAAGUUCGCAUUAGGGAAAUCUGUCAAUUCGUCUAGGGAUAAAGUUAAAACCCUCGAUUUUAAGAAAAAGGGGUUUGGAGGCAAUGAUAGGAGAGGUCAAAGUACAAGAGUUAAAACUGAUAAUAUUGUCUCCAAUGUUGAAGAUGAAUUCUUCAAGAGAAGUGGGAGGAGUGAUAACAUGAAGUCAAAGAAUGAUCGAUUCCGAGGUGAUCGAAGUAAAAGAGUUGUGACUGACAAUGGAUCCUCUGUUGAUGGUAAUUUGCAUAAGAAAGACUUCAGGGGAAGAGGGUUGAAGUCGAAUUAUAGAGGUCGAAAUGUAGGGGAAGUUCAGGGGAAUGAAAGUAAUGGUUUUGCAGGAAGAGAUUUUGACCGGAAGAGAAAGAGGAUUUAUGCUAAUAAUGAUAGCAAUGGUGAAAGUAAGUUCCAUAAUAAGGCGAAGGUUCCGGUUGGAAAGGGUUUAUCUCGAGCAAGAUGGAAUGCUGGUAAAGAGGACCUCGUUAAAGGCAAUGAAACCGCAAGAAGGGGAUCGCGUGCUUCUGCAUCUCUUUCCCAAAAUAGACAUUCUAAUGGAAGGGAAACGCCAGAUGGAGGUGAUAGACGAAAGAAUACUGAACAUCGUGAGAACAGGAGUGUUUUGUUGAGGAACAAUGGAGAGGGAAAACACGAGACUAGCAAGCAGUUACGAUUGAAGCAGACCGGUCCAGCCGAGGAUAGUGAAUUUGGAAAGAAGAAAUUUCAAAACAAGAAGAACUUGGUUGAUGAUUCAGUGGCAAUGUUUGAUCGACCAAGGAGGAAGAGGCGAAUAAUGCGGAUAGAAUAUCCAAAUGAUACUGCAAAUAAGCGGUUUGAUGAUAGCAUACCUGCCAUUGAUAAUACCACAGAGCAAAAGGAAGAUUCAGAUAACGAAGAAAAUACUGAAUUGUCCAAAAAUGCACAGUUUCGGGCAAUACAACCAAGCCCUUCUAUCAUAUCAUUUGUGGAGGAAAAUAUAUUGGGGCGUCGGCGUGAAAUUGAGUUCAGAAAGGCGGGAUAUAAUAUUGAACUUUCUUCCCCUUUAGAUAAUAUUCCCUUUUCUACAAGCUCAGAAAGAGAGCGAAUCGAAGAAUCAGUUUUCAGGAAUAAACUGGCAUUCUUCGCUGCUGCAAAAGUUUCUUCAUCUUUUCCAUCUCCCGAUCUUCCAGAAAUUGCUUUUGCUGGUAGGUCAAACGUCGGGAAAUCAUCUUUGCUAAACUCACUUACCAGACAAUGGGGUGUUGUACGAACGUCUGACAAGCCUGGUCUCACUCAGACUAUCAACUUUUUCAACCUUGGAUCAAAGCUCUGCUUAGUUGAUCUGCCUGGAUAUGGUUUUGCUUAUGCAAAAGAAGAAGUCAAAGAAUCGUGGGAAGAACUUGUGAAAGAGUAUGUAUCCACCCGUGAAGGCCUUAAACGAGUAUGCCUUCUCAUCGACACAAAAUGGGGUAUGAAGCCAAGGGAUCAUGAACUCGUUGAUUUAAUGGAAAAGUCUAAAACCAAAUACCAGAUAGUAUUGACGAAAACAGAUUUGGUAUUCCCCAUAGAUGUGGCUAGACGCGCAAUGCAAAUCGAGGAGAGCCUCAAAACGAAGAAAUCCGCUGUUCAACCCUUGAUGAUGGUUAGCUCGAAAACUGGAGCUGGGAUACGAAGUUUAAGAACCGUGCUUUCUAAUAUAUCUCGCUUCGCCCGACUCUAGCGGUAUUUAGCCAUUUUCUUUUUCAAGUUACUGCUAUAAUUACGUAUAAACAACACAUCAUCUUCUAGUUAAAACUGAUUACAAUUUUGUUGCUAUUUCGUUUCACUUUGGUUCCUUAAACUCUAGUUGAUUAGGUUAGUUAGCUUUAAGGGUAU